AUGAUUUCACCUUAUAUAUACACAGGUGAUCCGAGAAAGACACAACACUUAGUUUCACUGGAAGGUGCAAAGGAAAGACUUCACUUGUUCAAAGCAGACCUUUUGGAACAAGGUUCUUUCGACUCUGCUAUUGAUGGCUGCCAUGGAGUUUUCCACACUGCUUCUCCAUUUUUUCAUGAUGUCAAAGACCCACAGGCUGAACUUAUCGAUCAUGCGGUCAAGGGGACACUUAACGUUUUGAAUUCUUGCACCAAAGCUUCUUCGGUUAAAAGGGUUGUUGUAACCUCCUCCAUGGCAGCCGUUGGUUACAAUAGAAAACCAUGCACACCUGAUGUUACCGUCGAUGAAACUUGGUUCUCUGAUCCUGAGCUUUGCGAGUCCUCCAAGAUGUGGUAUGUUCUAUCCAAAACUUUGGCGGAAGAUGCCGCUUGGAAACUCGCUAAAGAGAAAGGCUUAGACAUUGUUACUAUUAACCCGACUAUGGUGAUCGGUCCUCUCCUACAACCAACUCUGAACACGAGUGCUGCUGCUAUACUUUGA